AGUCCAGUAGGGGGCAGUCUCUCACAAUCCAACUGUAUUCACUUUGUAGAAGAAAAUAGGAGGGCAACCGUAGACAACAUUUGUCCUGGUCUCACUUGUCCAAAUGUCUUAUGUCUUACGUAUUCUCUCGUCUUGUCCUUUACCGAGAGGCGGCUGUGACGUACAGACGACGCGGUAGAGAGGGACCGUGUCGCUCGUUCUAUGUUCCACUUAAGAACCCGAGAAGAGGACAAGCACUGCAACGAGAUCUCCACGCUCCGACAGGCAGCUUUUCAAGACAAUGCGCAGCUCCUGGAUGCCAUGCUGUGCCAGGAAAUCUACCGGAAGGUCAUCAACUGCAGGGGGGGCUGGGGGGUGUCGGCCACGCCCCUCCAUGCUGCUGCCUCCAAGGGCCACUUAAACUGCGUGCGUGUCCUGCUAACACAUGGUGCGCAGGUAGACAGCCUGGAUGUCAAAGCUCAGACCCCCCUGUUCACAGCUGCCCGUGGGAAGCAUCUCCACUGCCUCUUAGCCUUGCUCCAUGCUGGGGCUAAUCCGAACGGGAGCGCCCAUAACCUCUCCUCCCCGGUGCUCACGGCGGCACGGGAAGGUGACAUAGAUGUACUACGAAUCUUGCUAAAAUACGGUGCAGAGGUGAAUGAUCGAUCCAAAGUGGUGAUUUUAAGUUCGAUGGUGAAAGUUUCGAGUGGACCACUGUAUCUCGCAGCAGUGUACGGGCACAUAGACUGCUUCCGGUUGUUGUUACUGUACGGAGCGGAUCCAGAUUAUAACUGCAUAGACGCGCUGGUGUUGGGUCUGAUGAAGCAGCCCAAGACGGUGCUGGAGAUGUGCUUGCGUCACGGGUGCGGGGUGGAGUACAUUCAGCUGCUUAUAGACUUCGGAGCGAACGUGUACCUGCCCACGCUGAUCAUCGAGAAGUCCACCAAACAGAAUGAAGCUGUGGAACUGCUGCUAAGAGAGAGAGGAACUCCCAAAACUCUGACCUCACAGUGCAGACUCGUCCUCCGUAGAUACCUCCAUAAAAUCAACAGGAUCCAUUGCAUCGACCAGCUGGACAUGCCCACCAGCCUCAUCCACUAUCUCCAACACAAGCCAUCACCAUUUUCUGUGCUUUGAGUCUGAUACUGAGAGAGAUAAGCAAGAAACUCAAAUAAAUGCACUGUUCUUAUCUGUCCCAGAAUAAACUGUUAGCGGAUGGAUGGGUCUUGCUAAUGUACUUACAGACAGAGGUAAAGUAGUCCAAAGUUGAACACAAAUAAUAAUGGUUAAGCCUGGAUGGGAGACCCCUGGGAAUAACAGGUACCCUAGUGGGUCAGUUGUACAUGAGUGUAGGUGGUGAUUGCAGGAGCCAAUGGCAGCCUCGUUUCCAUCAUCCCAGGGCAGCUGUGGCUACAGUAGUUUAUCUCCACCAAGUGAAUGAAUAAUACACUGAAUUGUAAAGCGACUUUGAGUGUCUGGAAAAGUGCUACAUAAGACUAAUGCAUUGUUUUUAAUAUUAAGAGUACAGUUACUGGAAAAUAAUGUUACUCAAGUAUAGGGUGGAAAAUAUAUUGAACAAUUGUUGAGUAUAUAGUCUCCACAUAAAACAAUUAGAAAUGACAGCAAAAAGAUCAUACACUAGACAAUUCAUUUUACUUUUUAAAGUGUUAUUUCUGUACUUUUUUGGUAAUUUAUGCUCCAUGUAAGUACUCAAGAGAAACUGAAACUAACUGUCAGGACAUAGCAUCUGAUUUAUAAUCUGACGUUAAUUCAAUUGGAAGGACAAAACAUGAAAUAAAGGAAACAAAGAUGGACACA